AUGGCCAAACAACGAGACUUAUUGGUAAUCCAUCCGUUUGCCCGAUUGGUAUCUCAUCCACCCACCAGUUCAGGGAGAGACUCCAGAGUAGUCCCAAAGGAGCUCCCAAAAUCACAGGCACUGAGCUCCUCUCAGUCCCUGAGAAGGACUCAGCCUCCUCAGCAGUUACACGGCCACCGAUGGUCCACAGGUUCAGUGGAACCUAUGCGCGAACAGCUCACCGUGAUGUUAAAACAGAUGAUUUUUGAACACUGCAGAUCGUGUAUUGCAGGUGGCUGGGCUGAAGCACUGUGUGUGCUGCCAGACCGCUUGAGGGACUUCAUGCAUAAAAGAGAACGAGGAGAACUUUUAAUACAGAAAAUAAACAAACUUCAAGAUAAUCUUUUGAAGAAGGUACAGCUGUCGGUGUCAAAGGAUGGAUUUAUUCAUUUUGGAGAUACCGUGAUGCUUUUGAACCCAGACAACAAACCCUCAACGGAGAAUUACCCUGGAGCGUGCCGCAGUCUGACUUUGGCGGUUAAUCUGGAUGAGAUAUCCAUAUAUUCGGCCGCAUCGUUGCAAGCCCCUUGUGGAGUUAGUGCAGUCGAGAGCGUGGACCCUGCGGGUCGCAAUACUUUUUGUAUUUUAAGUGUUGAUGGAGGUGCAGUGGAUGAACCGAUUAGAUUCGGGCAAAAGUUUGUUCUUGGGACAACAGGAGGGUUUUCUGACCAGAUGUUAUAUCUAGCGAGUGACCACAAAUCAUUUAUAAGAUCUGCUAAAAAAUCUCAACUUCAGCAAGUAUUUUUGACAGAUGAGCUUUCCUAUUUGACUCGCUGGCAAGCUGUCUUCUUGGAUCCACAGCUGCGUCUUGAAAAUGAAGGAUUUCCAGUUCCCGCAGACUCCAAAAUUAUUAUUACUCAUUGCCACACUAAUCGGAGCUUAGCCGUUCCAAGGAAAUUUUGGACAAGGUCUUAUUUUGGAAAAGAAUAUGAAGUAACUUGUCACACUUAUCUGGACUCCCAUAAGGCUGAAGAAGAUAAGAAUUACUGGGUAAUAGUUACUGGAAAUCCCAGCAAUGAGGGUGGUACAAUGAUUGAUAGACCCAACCCUCACCCAGGCGAGAUCAGAAAGAAUGAAUUUUGUGAAGAGACAUAG